AUGAGUGAGGCUUCCUCCUUUGAGGUGUUCAAGUUCCUUCAAUGUCACAAAAUCUUCUAUUUGUUUAGGGUGAAUAAAGGGCGGCAGCGGCAGGGGGCGGCGAUGACUGGCCUACGACAGGGGCGAGACGACUGUCAUGUGGCUAUGGCCGCUAGCCGGGAGGGGGAUUGCCGGAAGUGGCAUUGUGUAGGUAGUGGUGGUGGUGAAAGAAAUGGAGGUGAAAGUGGUGGCGAAAUAGGUGAUGUGGUGGUAGUGGUGAUGAAGGUGGAGGUGGAGGUGGUGCUUAUGGUAAUUGUGUUGGUGGGGAUGAUGAUUGUUGAGGUGGAGAUGGUGGUGGUGGUGGUGGUGGAGGUGGAGGUGGUGGAGGUGGUGAAGGUUGAGGAAGAGAUGGUGGUGGUGAUGGAGGUGUUGAAGGUGAUGGCGUUGGAUGUGGAGGUGGGGGUGGUGUCAUAUUUAAAAGUUAAGGAUGGUAUUUUGAGAAUUUAA